AUGUGGUACCAUGUUGCUGAACCUAAUUCCUACCUCGUAGUGACGGGUGUAGGGAUUGAGAAGGUCGUCAUCAAGAAGAAGGCAUUCGUAUACCCCUUCCAGAAAGUAUCUAAGAUUAGUAUCACGCCGUUCGACUUCUCCAUGGCCUUGCAGGCUAUGACGAUCGAGAAGCUCAAGUUUUCUCUGCCAGCAGUCUUCACUAUUGGCCCUGCAGAUAGCCCUGAAGCUCUUGAAAAAUAUGCCGUCUUACUCACCGGGGAAUCCGAUGGUCGUCCCACUCAGACUGUAUCCAAGGGCGUUGUUACCGUUGCUGAGGGACGCAGUCAUGUCCAAGACAUUGUCAAAGGAAUUAUCGAGGGCGAGACGCGAAGUAUUGUCUCCACCAUGACCAUGGAAGAGCUAUUCCGCGAGCGCAAAGUGUUCAAGGACAAGGUUAUCCUGCAAGUCCAGUCAGAGCUUGAUCAAUUUGGUCUGUGUAUUUUACAGAUCCAACAUAUUUAUAACGCAAACGUUAAGGAAUUGCAAGAUACCCCAGGAUCCGAGUACUUCCAACUUCUCUCUCGAAAAGCUCAUGAAGGAGCUCUCAACCAAGCCAAGGUCGAUGUCGCCGACGCUCGCAUGCGCGGUGAAGUCGGGGAAGCCGAGAAGCAAGGCAAGACCAAGCAAGAAGUCGCAAAGAUCCACGCCGCCACUGCUGUCCUCGAGACCGAACGUAAAGCAGAGAAGGCUGCUGCCGAUGCUAAACUGACGGAUAAGGAAAUUCGAAUCGGAGCUGAUCUCAAUGUCGCCAGGAUCAAUGCAAAGCGUGAGGCUGAACGUCGCGAUGCCGAACUCAACACCGAAGUCGAGAAGAAGAAAGCCUUGAUGGAGCUCGAACGCCUUCGCGCUACCAAAGUCGUGCAAGCCAAGAUCGAAAAGGAGUCCUCGCAACAGAGAGCUGAUGCAGAAUUAUAUGCCCAAGAGAAAGCCGCCGAAGGCAAAAAGUACGGCGAGCAGGCCGAUGCCGAAGCAGCCGCUUUCCGCCGUCUGCGCGACGCAGAAGCAGACUAUCAAGCCAAAGAGCGUGAAGCAGAGGCCAACUACCUUGUCUCCAAGCGCCAAGCAGAGGCCGAAUACUUUGCCAAAGAACGCGCCGCCCAAGCUCAACUCAUCGCCCAACAGCGCGAAGCAGAAGGUCUCUCUGCGAUGGCGAAAGCCUACGGCGACAUGGCAAACGUCCUGGGCGGACCCCAGGGUCUCAUGCAAUAUCUUAUGCUCACCAACGGUGUCUAUGAGCGUCUUGCUGAGGCGAAUGGAAACGCCAUCAAGGGACUGCAGCCUAAGAUCAAUGUCUGGAAUACUGGAUCGAAUAGUGGUGAGGGCACGGCGGACCCGACGGCGCCUAUUCGAAACUUGUUCCAAUCUCUACCGCCUCUUCUUAGCACUAUUCAUGAUCAGACAGGCAUGUCACCGCCCACAUGGUUGGCGCAGAUGCCGCAGCAGGAGAAUGUUGAUAUGAAGAAGUUUCAGUUGAGGAAUGGGAGCGACGUCUCUUCGUAA